AUGCUCCACCUAAAAUCCCUCCUCACCCUAACCCUCACCCUCACCCUGGCAACCAGCAUCACCGCGAUUAACGCAGCCUCCACCUGCGACGACGCUUAUAACAAAUGCGUCACCACCCCAGACGCAAACCUCUCAACAUGUUUCUCUGACAGGGAAGCCUGUCGCCAUGGCCAGAUCAAUUCCCCUGCAGAGCGCUCGGUCUCCGAUGAGGAUGGUUGUCAAGACGCCUUUAACAAGUGCCGUUCGGCUCCUGGUGCCAAUAUCUCUACCUGCGUCUCUGAAAAGAGGGCCUGCGAUGAAGGGGAGGACGAGUAG